UUUCUUAUUUUUGUGUUUCUAUAUUAACUUAUUUAAGUUUAUUAACAAAUAGUUCGGUAUGGUUAGCUCAUCUUCAUUCCUUACAUUCUCAACGUCUAAUAGCCUAAUCCCCUUUUCCACUUUCACUAUCCCCUCAUAGACAUUUCUUGAUCUCUUAAUGGAAUUACCCGUGACAUCGCCGGUUUCCGGUGGUCGGAAAAUUUCAUAUAGACUAGAAACAAGAAAUUUAUCUUACAAGUUAUGUAGCAAAUUUGAUGAGCUAAAUUGGUUUUGUUUUGGUAAGAAAACAAAUGAUAAAUUCAUCCUCAAGGAAGUUAGCUGUGAAGCUAGGCCCGGAGAGAUUACUGCAAUUGCUGGUCCUAGUGGCGCAGGGAAGACCACAUUGCUAGAGAUUCUUGCCGGACGGAUUUCUUGCCGCGACGUGUCGGAUCGAGUUUUUGUAAAUGAAUUGCCCAUGGAGGCAAAACAUUUUAGAAGAUUAUCUGGAUAUGUCACUCAAGAUGAUGCCUUAUUUCCAUUACUUACGGUCCAAGAAACACUCAUGUAUAGCGCACUUCUAAGACUUCCAGGAGGGAGAAAAGAGGCUGAUAAUAGAGUGAAAAUCCUAAUGAAGGAAUUUGGACUAGAUCAUAUUGCAGAUUCAAGAAUUGGAGAGCUCGGGUCGAAUUGUGGAAUCUCGGGUGGCGAAAGGAGAAGAGUUUCGAUUGGAGUUGAUUUAGUUCAUGAUCCUGUUGUUAUCUUGAUUGAUGAACCAACUUCUGGUUUGGAUUCAGCUUCAGCUCUUCAUGUAAUGACUUUAUUAAAAUCAAUGGCAGUUCAUCAAGGUAAGACUAUCAUUUUAACUAUUCAUCAACCUGGUUUUCGAAUCCUCGAGCUGUUUGAUCGAAUUGUUUUGCUUUCGAAUGGAUUCGUUAUGCAUAAUGAUUCCCUCCAUUUCCUCCAAGAAAAGCUUCAAUUCAUGGGGCAUCGUGUUCCCCGCCGUGUCAAUGUUCUUGAAUUCGCCAUAGAUGUUAUAGAAAGCUUAGAUGUGGAGAAAUCUCGAUUUCCCAGUAUGCGAAACAAGGGUAGAUCAAUUCAUCAAGAAAAACAACUUAUUCGCUAUCCGAAUUCUAUAUUCAAGGAGGUAAUUAUACUAGGGCAAAGAUUUUGCAGCAAUAUCUUCAGAAGCAAGCAACUAUUUGGUACAAGAGUAAUACAAGCAAUAGUAGCAGGAUUAGUACUUGGAACUAUUUUCUUGAAUAUAGGGAAUAAAACCGGAGCGAUUUCUUUACAAACUCGACUCGGAUUCUUCGCUUUCAGUUUAACAUUCUUGCUAUCUUCAACAACAGAAGGAUUGCCAAUUUUCUUGCAGGAGAGAAGAAUACUAAUGAGAGAAACUUCAAGAGGAGGUUAUAGAAUUUGCUCUUAUGUUUUAUCAAACACAUUAAUAUUUAUUCCAUUCUUAUUACUAGUCAGUCUUCUCUAUUCUACACCAGUUUAUUGGCUAGUUGGAUUAAGGAAGGACAUGGAUGGAUAUCUCUACUUUGCCCUUAUAGUAUGGAUGGUCCUAUUGAUGUCAAAUUCAUUGGUAGCAUGUUUUAGUGCAUUAGUGCCUAAUUUCAUCAUGGGUACAUCAGUAAUUUCAGGGUUAAUGGGGUCUUUUUUUCUAUUUUCAGGCUAUUUCAUAUCAAAAAAUAGAAUUCCUAGCUACUGGAUUUUCAUGCAUUAUUUGAGUUUUUUUAAGUAUCCAUUUGAAUGUUUCUUGAUAAAUGAGUAUGGAGGAGAUCAUGGGACCAGGAAGUGCUUAGAAUUUGAUGAGAAAGGAGGAUGUUAUUUGAAUGGAAUUGGGUUCUUGAGGCAGCAAGAUUUGAAGGAGUCACAAAAAUGGAGCAAUUUAGGUGUAAUGUUGAGUUUUAUUGUUGGAUAUAGAGUGGUAUGUUAUUUAGUUUUGUGGUAUAGACAUUAUAGAAACAGAUAAAGUUUAUUUGGUAAAUAAUAGGGUUUUAAUUAUUAUUUGUUUUCUUUCUUAUUUCAUGUUUUAUUCUAUAUAGGAAGAUGAUCAAGCCAAUAUGGUACAUGAUCUUCAAUAUUUAAAAAAUUGUUUAUUUCAUUAUUUAUGAUAAUAAAGAAAUUCUUUUUUUUUUUAA